AUGAGCAAGACAUCCCAGCAGAACACCGCUACAGAUGCGAACGGAGUAAGCGUGAUUCACAGCCAAGCACACAGCAGUGGUCUGCAGCAGGUUCCCCAGCUGGUGCCCGUCAGUCCCGGUGGCGGAGGCAAAGCCGUGCCUCCCAGCAAACGGGGAAAGAAGAACUCCUUCGUGGACAGGAACAGCGAUGAGUAUCGCCAGCGCCGGGAGCGCAACAACAUGGCGGUGAAAAAGAGCCGGUUAAAAAGCAAGCAGAAGGCACAAGACACGCUCCAGAGGGUCAACCAGCUCAAAGAAGAAAAUGAACGUUUGGAGACAAAAAUCAAGCUCCUGACCAAGGAGCUGAGUGUACUAAAAGACUUGUUCCUUGAGCAUGCGCACAACCUUGAAGACAAUGUGCAACCUGUUGGCACUGAAACCACCACAACAAACCCAGAAAAUGGACAGUAG